AAAAACUUAUUUCAUUUAACCAACUGAUCAAUUUUUGAAAAGUUUAUAUUUUAUUUUGGUUGAUUUGCUUGAAGACAAUGAAUUCAUUCAACGUGUGGUUUUCUUUAUUAUUCAUAGCUUUAUUUAACGAAUUUCAAGGAAAUGGAAAAGUUGGAUUUUACGUGGAAGCGAUUCGUGGAAACUUAGCCGAAAGAAUUGAGGAUCACAACUAUAUGGUCGGAAUAUAUAACGAAGAGGUACGUAUCGUUAAUGGUAGCCAAACAAUGGGGGCUGGACAAUGCGUUGGCGUGAUUAUUGAUCCAUAUAAAGUGGUAACGGCCGCACAUUGUGUUUCCGGCACAUAUCUCAACAUUACUUUGAAAUUCGGUUCGCUAAAUCACGAUGAACCUCUUUACAUCCAUGACGUUAUCAUAAAAGAAGAGAUCUUUUUGCAUCCAGAAUAUAGUAUUUAUCGAUAUCUGCAGAAUGACAUUGCUGUAAUUUUGCUAAAGAAAAAGAUACCAUUUGGCCAGAAAAUCGGAAAAAUAAAUUUAGUUGAAAGAGGUUACAUACCAAAAGUAGGUGAAUCUGUGAGCAUAUUGGGAUACACGCAACUGAACGAAGAGACUACACCCUCUUAUUUUCCUUCAAAUUUACGGUAUGUUAAUUCAACAAUCGCGGAUUUUCAAACAUCUCGACAGAAAAAUUCGGAUUUUAAUUCUGCCUUGUUCGUUGACGACAAAGAACAAUUUUGCGUCAGUUCGAACGACGGAAAACCAAUCAUAAAUAUGGGGGAUUCGGGGGGACCGGUUUUAACUAGAGACAAUAAACUGCUGGGGAUCGUCUCUUGGGGUAUGAAUGAACCUGAAUAUUUAUAUGAUAUCAUGACCCUAAUUCCUGCUUAUAUGGAUUUCAUCAAUGAUCCAGUACAAUUCACACGUGCUACUUAUUUAAGACUAGGAUUUAUUAAAGAGGAUAACCCGUUGUAGCUUGAGGAAAAGAAGAAAUCUCAUGAAUGGCGCCCUCGUAAAUGGUACAAUAAUAGAAAAUAAAAGCAUGAAAGUUGCAACUUUUUUCAAAUACAAUUCAAUUAUUUACACAUGUUAAGACCUAAAAUGUCUUCUAAUAUGAAUUAUAUUUCGGUUGAAUUGUAAUGCUAUCUGUUUGCGAUUUCUCAGUCAUUACUGAAGCAGUUAUUAUAAGAUUUUUUUGUCACAAAUAUUACCUUGGAUUUUGAAUGAGAAUAAAAUUUGAUUUUGAACGAA